CCACAUCGUUCUCACAGGCAGACGGAUUUUCCGCAACUGCGCAGCCGCCGCUUCUGUCCCGCCGCUUCGCACCGCCUGGGAUUCUCGAGGCUGGCCGCUGUGGCAUUGGAUGCUGUUGCUCCGACAUCGCCUCGGCUGAUCAAGUUGCAGCAGCUUUCCGUACCCUCGGUUCUCUCCCAGCGACCACCAGUGGCACCAAUAUCACCAACAGCACCAACAGCACCAACAGCACCCGUGCGAUCCAGGCCCAGCUCAGUUUGCCCAGGAUGGACAACCAACUCUCCGAAUACGAGCUCGAGCGCCUUCGGAACAUCGAGAAGAACCAGGAGAUCCUGCUCAAGCUCGGACUGGUCAGCGGGCCGACGUCCCUCGGCAGUGCUGCCUCGGCAACCCAUGCGACGCCCGUCAAGCGCAAGCGGCCUUCCUCAAGCACACCCAAGCCCGCCACCGCCCCAGCGGUCCCGACCCGAUUCUCGCUUCGCACUCGCGGCCACAAGCCAGCAGAUGUGGAAGGGUCCAAGCUGCUGGCCAAGAUCGAGCUCCAGGAGGCCAGCAGAGCACGGGCGUCUCGGGCUCGCCGAGCAGGGCGCAUCAGCUUGAUCGACGACGAGGACAGCGAUCAAACACAGGACGACGACGAUGCCGGCGGCGGCGAGAGUGAUGCUCUUGCACGCAAGCGGCUGUUCCUGGGGUCCCUCAGCCGUCUUGAUCACGGCAUCGGGAUGCCGCACCAUCCUCGUAAGCACCCCAGCUCGUCGCAAGUGAGCGGAGAUCGUGACGACGAAGUCACUGUCGUCGAUUCGGAAAAUGACAACGACGACGACGACAAAGCGGAGGACGGCGGCGCCGGGGUGCCCGAUGCCAAGGACCUCGAGGAGUUUGACGAGAUCCGGCGGCUCAAGGCUCAGUUCCCAUACGUCAAGAUCUGCAACGAGACCAUCACGGCAGCCGAGUUCCACCCAUCCAAGCACAAGCUCGUCCUGGCAUGCGGCGAUAAGUCUGGCACGCUCGCCUUCUGGGACGUCCAGGAUGCGCUUGAGCAGAACGAAAAGCUCCGUGACCAAGAGGAUGAGCUCACGCCAAUCGUCUACCACUUCAAGCCGCACCGGUCGCCGAUAUCCAAGGUGGCCUACAAAGUCGGCGACAGCAAAAAGUUCUACACAUCGUCGUACGAUGGGUCGAUCCGAUGCAUGGAUGUGGAGGCGCAGGUGUUUGAAGAGGUGUGUGUCCAUCCGACAGAAGAAGCGGUGACGUCCUUCGACUUUGGUCUUGAUGCGGACGCUUGCUGGUUCACCUGCAGCUCUGGAAACGUCGGGCGGUUCGACCGACGAGAGCCGGGUGCUCCGACGCUCUAUGCUUUCAGCGACAAGAAGCUCAACACGAUCCAUGUGUCGCCGCGGAACGCCAACCUGCUUCUGGUGAGCGGACUCGAGCGCACCCUCAAGAUCUUCGAUGCCCGUAAGCUCAGGCGCGGCUCGAAGGAGCCGGCAGAGGAUCUGGUCGAGGCUCUCCAGGUGUUUGAGCACUCCAAGUCCGUCAACUCGGCGUACUGGGACCCGGCUGGGAAUGACAUUGUGUCGACAUCUUUUGACGACACCCUGGGGCUGUGGAAGAAUGCGAGCGACCCCGCCAAGUGCCACCGCAUCACGAUUCGACACGAUAACAACACAGGACGAUGGAUCCAAAAGUUCAAGGCGACCUGGCGAGACGCCCCCGCACACAGCACAGGCCUCUUUUUCAUCGGCAACAUGAGCCGUGGGGUCGACGUCUACUCUGGACAGGCGGGGCGGCGGAUUGCGUCGCUGUUUGAUGCCGAGAACGUCACGGCGAUCCCGGCGGUGAAUACGUUUCAUCCACAUGCCACGCUGCUGGCGUCCGCAAGUGCGUCCGGAAAGGUCACGAUCUGGAAGUAGCCUCCCUCUCUCAAACACAAACCAACACGGACGCCUGUGGAAGAGCCGGCGUGUCCCUC